GAGGGAAAUUGGGAUAAAAAAAGAAGAGGAAGGCCUAACAAAGGAAAAUUUGUUGAGAAAAUUUCUCUCUUAGACGCUGUAUGUGUGUGUGUAUGUGCAUUUGAAGAGAGAGAGAGAAAUGGAAGCUGCGAUGGGACUGAUGCGGAGGAUUCCGCCGAAGCACACAGAAACAGCUCUCUCAGCGCUUCUGAGCCUUAUGCCUCACCAUUCUUCCGAUCUCCUCUCUCAAGUCGAUCAGCCCCUUCAGGUUUUGUGCGACGUUGAAUGUGGAAAGGAGUUCAUAUUGUGUGAGUAUAACAGAGAUGCUGACUCUUACAGAUCACCUUGGUCAAAUAAAUACCAUCCACCAUUAGAAGAUGGGUCCCUCCCUUCUUUAGAAUUGAGGAAGCUUGAAAUUGAAGCAAAUGACAUAUUUGCAAUAUAUCGUGACCAAUAUUAUGAAGGUGGCAUUUCAUCAGUUUACAUGUGGGAAGAUGACAAUGAAGGUUUUGUAGCCUGCUUUUUAAUCAAGAAAGAUGGCUCAAAGACAGGGCAAGGUCGACGUGGAUAUCUAGAGGAAGGAGCAUGGGAUGCUAUACAUGUUAUUGAGGUGGGACCGGAGGAAGAAGAAAACACCAAUUAUCGUUUAACCAGUACAGUUAUGCUGACUCUGACUACAAAUAACGAGUCUUCGGGAACUUUCAGUUUGUCUGGAUCAAUUAGACGUCAGAUGAGUAUGAAGCUAUCAGUUGCUGAUGGGCAUCUCUGUAACAUGGGAAGGAUGAUUGAAGAAAUGGAGAGUAAGCUGAGGAACUCACUAGAUCAGGUAUACUUUGGCAAAACGAGAGAAAUGGUUUGCACACUGAGACCACCAUCUGAAGUAGCACAGAUGAGAAUGCCUGAGAGCUGAUGUGCCAUUACUUGGGGUAGCAGAGACAACUUUAAUUUGUUUUCAUCAUAUGUUUUAGCUGAUUGGCUGGUAAUUUGUGUCAGAGUAUCUGAAGUAGGUAGUUUCACAACGGUUGUGGUUCAGAUGGCAAUCGUUUUACAGAGGUAGUUGCGUUUGUUUUUUGAGUGUCUAUUGUUGUGUUCUGUAGUGGAUAAGCAUCAAUGUUUGUUGUUGAUACUUGAAUGAUGAUUCAACAAGACAAUGGGAUUCCAAAUUUCUCAUGCCAUUAACUAGAGGAUUUUUAUUUU